CCCGCAUCCGCGUAUGUAUGUAUGUGUUUGCGUGUAUUUUUUCGUAGCUGUUUAGAGGUGAAUUGCGUUGAAGAUUGCGGAGGAAGUAAGCGAAAAGAAGGAAUUGCAUUAGAUGCUUUAGUGAUGCGGGAUUUGAAGAUCCGAAUGCGUAUCUGUGUAAAGAGAUUCCUAUAUUUUGCUCUCAAUACUGAAACGGAAUUUGUUCUUGCUUUGUCGUCAAUUGUUGUACGGGCAGUAGGCAGGGGCUGCAUAUUGUGUAUUUUUGCGAUGGUUUGGAGGAUCAAAGGAGAAGGCUUUCACGUCCUUAGCGACAUAAGCAUUUUAAUAGUAAGAAUUUUCAAGUCAUCCCAUUUUGUUUUCUAACGCAUGAGAACUUAAAAGGUUUCAGUCAUAAAUCUUACAAGCAACUGUAACCUUUUGGGCAUUAUGCAUGUCUGGUCCCGUGGUCACUGCCAAUGAUGUGGAACAAGAACUUUUAUUCACAGAAAGAACAAAGUCCCUUGGUGCCAUCUCUUUUAGAGACCACAAUUCUCUAUUAAUCAAUGGUGAAUCUAUCCACGAUUCUUCUGAAACUGCUGACUUCAGGGUGGGGGAGCUUUUACUUCCUAAUGGGGAAUCAUAUUCUGGGUCAUUGCUUGCCAACAUGCCUGAGGGUUCAGGGAAGUAUGUGUGGUCAGAUGGUUGCAUAUAUGAGGGGGAGUGGAGACGGGGGAUGAGGCAUGGGAAUGGAAAACUUCGAUGGUUUUCUGGAUCUUUUUAUGAGGGUGAAUUUUCAGGUGGUUAUAUGCAUGGUACUGGGACAUAUAUUGGAUCCAAUCAGUUGACCUAUAAAGGAAGAUGGAAGUUGAAUCUCAAACAUGGAUUGGGUACUCAAGUAUAUUCUAAUGGAGAUAUCUUUGAGGGCUCUUGGAUGCAGGGAACAUCAGAAGGGCCAGGUAAGUAUACUUGGGCGAAUGGGAAUGUAUAUUUGGGAAACAUGAGAGGAGGGAAAAUGUCGGGGAAGGGGGCUCUUACUUGGACAAAUGGGGACUUAUUUGAAGGGAACUGGUUAAAUGGCAUGAUGCAUGGAUUUGGAGUAUACACAUGGAGCGAUGGCGGUUGCUAUGUUGGGACUUGGACACGAGGUCUGAAAGAUGGAAAGGGAUCAUUCUACCCAAGAGACAGCCGGUUUCCAGCUGUACAAGAAGUUUACCUCAAUGCAUUGAGAAAAAGAGGGCUACUUCCAGAUUUGAGAAAGCAGAAUCAGGCACAUAUCCAUCAUGCUUCUUCGGUGGAUAUGGGAAAUGUCAAGGUUGGGAACCAGGGAUCUCGUCAUAAUUCAUCUGAUAAGCUAUCCAAAGGAAACUUGUUAACCUUGGAGCAGUCUCGCAACCAAAAUGUGUCCCUAGAAAGGCGCUGGAGUCUUGAGGUAGCUAUUGAAAAAGUAAUAGGAAAUGACUCAUCAUUAGGUUUAUCUGAGUCUGAAACAAACACUCCGCCAAUACUGGAACGAGAAUAUAUGCAAGGUGUUUUGAUUAGUGAACUUGUACUAGAUAAUAAAUUCUCCUCAUCUUCAAGAAGAGCGAGACGCCGACAAAAGAGACUUGUAAAAGAGGUUAAGAGACCUGGUGAAGCAAUCAUUAAGGGGCAUAGGAGUUAUGAUCUCAUGCUCAGUUUGCAGCUCGGAAUUAGAUAUACAGUGGGGAAAAUUACGCCUGUGCAGAAACGAGAAGUUCGACAAUCAGACUUUGGUCCUCGUGCAAGCUUUUGGAUGAAUUUUCCAAAAGAAGGAUCUCAAUUGACACCACCUCAUCAAUCGGAGGAUUUUAAGUGGAAAGAUUAUUGCCCAAUGGUCUUCAGGAAUUUGAGGGAGAUGUUCAAGAUUGAUGCUGCAGACUACAUGAUGUCCAUUUGUGGAAAUGAUGCUCUCAGGGAACUUUCUUCUCCUGGGAAAAGUGGUAGUGUCUUUUUCCUGUCUCAAGAUGAUCGUUUCAUGAUUAAGACACUCCGAAAAUCUGAAGUAAAGAUUCUUCUGGAAAUGCUUCCGGACUAUCAUCAUCAUGUGAGGACAUAUGAGAACACGCUGAUCACAAAAUUCUUCGGUCUUCACAGGAUCAAACCUUCAAGUGGUCAAAAGUUUCGAUUUGUAGUGAUGGGAAAUAUGUUCUGCACAGAAUUAAGGAUACAUCGAAGGUUUGAUUUAAAGGGUUCAUCCCUAGGGCGUUCUACGGACAAGAUUGAAAUUGAUGAGAGCACUACACUUAAAGAUUUGGAUCUCAACUAUUGCUUCUAUUUGGAACCUUCCUGGCGGGAUGCUUUGUUGAAGCAGAUCGAGAUUGACAGUAAAUUUUUGGAAGCACAGCACAUUAUGGAUUACAGCCUUCUGCUAGGUGUACAUUAUCGAGCACCCCAACCCCUGCAGUCUCUCAUGUCCUUCAAUCGGAGUAGAGUUGGAGAUGGACUGGGAGUUUUAGCUGAGGAAGAUACAAUAGAGGAUGAAAUCUUUAACUACCCUCAAGGCCUUGUCUUGGUCCCUCGUGGAACAGAUGAUGAUAGUGUUGUUGUGGGCCCUCACAUCAGGGGUAGCCGUUUGCGAGCGUCAUCUGCUGGUGAUGAGGAGGUGGAUCUCCUUCUUCCUGGCACGGCAAGAUUUCAAAUCCAGCUUGGUGUGAACAUGCCAGCAAGAGCAGAGCAGAUCCCAGGAAAGCAGGAGGAGACAUUUCAUGAAGUAUAUGACGUUGUUUUAUACCUGGGUAUCAUUGAUAUAUUGCAAGAGUAUAACGUGAGUAAGAAGAUUGAGCAUGCAUACAAGUCUAUGCAGUUUGAUUCCCUGUCCAUCUCGGCUGUGGAUCCUACAUUUUACUCCCAACGGUUCCUGGAAUUCAUUCAGAAGGUCUUCCCUCCAAAUGGUGUUUGAACUUAAAUAAGUCGUCAUGUAACUGCAUCUGGUGAGAUUUCCCUUUUGACACGAACAUGUGAUUGCGUAUACUUUCAGUUCAUAUGGUGGUGUAAAGUAUUGAAAAAGGAAAUUGCUUCAAGGCGUGUUGUGAUGCCAUUUUUCUUGAGGCUUUAUUCGCCAUUAUCAACUUGUACUAGGUUUGCCAACGGGUUUCACGAAUCAACAUCAGCUUA